CACAAUGGGACUGAGUGUCACGGUCUUUGUGAUGGCCCUCCUGCUCUCUGGUGCUGCUUCCCUUAGGAUACAGGCUUAUUUCAACAAGACUGCAGACCUGCCAUGCCAGUUUACAAACUCUCAAAGCAGAAGCCUAAGUGAGCUGGUAGUAUUUUGGCAGGACCAGGAGAGGUUGGUUCUGUACGAGCUCUUCUUAGGCAGAGAGAAACCUGACAAUGUGGAUCCUAAGUACAUUGGCCGCACAAGCUUUGACCAGGAAAGUUGGAACCUACAACUUCACAACGUUCAGAUCAAGGACAAGGGCGUGUAUCAAUGUUUUGUCCAUCACAGAGGGGCCAAAGGGCUGGUUCCCAUCUACCAGAUGAAUUCUGAGCUGUCAGUGCUUGCUAAUUUCACUCAACCGGAAAUAACAUUAAUUUCCAAUAUAACAAGAAAUUCUGCCAUAAAUUUGACCUGCUCGUCUGUACAAGGCUACCCAGAACCUAAGAAGAUGUUCUUUGUGCUAAAAACUGAGAAUGCAACCACUGAGUAUGAUGGUGUCAUGCAGAAAUCUCAAGAUAAUGUCACAGGACUGUACAACAUUUCCAUCAGCGGAUCUAUCACAUUCUCAGAUGAUAUAAGAAACGCAACCAUUUACUGUGUCCUGCAAACUGAGUCCACAGAGACAUACUCCCAGCAUUUCCCUAUAGUGCCUGCGGACCCCGUGCCAGUGGAAAAACCAAGGCUCUGGAUUGCAGCUGUGGCUCUCACCCUGAUCGUUGUGUGUGGGAUUGUGUUGUUUCUAACACUGUGGAAGAGGAAGAAGGAGCAGCAGCCUGGUGUCGUCUGUGAGUGUGAAACCAUCAAAAUGGAUAAGGCAGAGAAUGAGCAUGUGGAGGAAAGAGUAAAAAUCCAUGAACCUGAAAAAUCGGCAACAGCCAAGUGUGUUCAUCGUUUGAAGACGCCCUCAAGUGACAAAAGUGCUGCACAUUUUUAAUUAAAGAGUAAAAUCUAUAUUCAUAUCCACUUUUUAUACACUUUCUUCUGCAAGUUUUUGGUCAGCCUUUUAUAUUUCUCCCAGAAGGCAAGAAAAUAUUACCACUGGUAGUAGUGGGAGCUCCAGGACUCUAAGUGACACAGUCUCGCUGUAGUGCU